AUGCCGACCUCGGAAGGUCUCAAGGAGAGUGUGGAGAAGCUCUGCGUCAACUGCGACGACAAUGACUUCGGGUGGUCGGGGACAUGGCUUCUGCCGAAGAGAUUGUUCAGAGGAUGCAACCUUGAGGGGCUCCAAGCCGUUGCCAAGAGGCUGCAGCCGGUCUCCUUCAAGGACUCCGACGUUGUCUUCAGAGCAGGCGAGUUCCUUUCAGCGAUGACGGGAAAAGCAUGUACUUUGUCAACUCAGGGUUGUUUCUUCGGGGAGGUGGGGAUGAUGUUGUGCGAGAAGCGAACAGCCGAUGUGCUGGCGGCGGGAGACUGCGAGCUGUUGGAGCUCCACGUUGACAGCUUCUUCGAGGUCGCAUCUGAGUUCCCCGCCAUCGCCAACUCUCUCAGGGUCCAACUAGGCAACGUGGGGUCAGCGAGGAUCAAGAAGGCGUCGACUACCAUGAGGAUGGUCAUCAGCGGGGAUUACCACCCCUGUGCGCUGAAACAGCGGGAAAUCCCGUCCAUCACGGGCUCGCCGGAAGGAAGCGAGAGGGUAAAGAAGUGGAAUGAGGACAUGCUGCGGCACGAGAGGGAUAGAAUGCAAGCCGCCAUCGUGAAAGUUCUUCCCGUUGGCAGCAACCUCAAGUCCAUGAUCCAGUCCUUCGAAGUCGCUGAGAAACUCAUGCAAGACCCCGUCCGCUACGUACAAGGCAGGUUGAAGUUGGAGGACCACUUCGUCCGUGCCCUCUCUUUGCAGCCUUGGCUGGAGAACGCGCCCCCCAUGGUGGUAGCUGAAGCCCUCUCAAGGUUGACCUGGAAGACGUUCAGAGCAGGUGAGCAGGUCAUGAAGGCGGAGGGCUCUAUCUCGAAGCUCUAUAUCGUCUCAUCGGGAUCAGUGCGCGUCCUCGUGGGGGGUUCCAAGGGCUGCCAGACUCGCUGCUUGACUCCCCCGCAUGCCUUCGGCGUCGCUGGUUUUUGUGCUCCUGACAGAGGACUGCGCGCGAUGGAGGCGUACGCGGUGGAGGAGAGCAAGGUGGCUGAGAUGGGUUCGGAGGCGAUCGUCAUGCUGUGCGAUCUCUUCCCGGAGCUAUGGAGCAACAUCGGCAGGCUGAGACUGAUCUACCGGGCCAUCCCUAGAGUAGUCAAGUCAUCCCGAGGGAGCUAGGUUCGGUCAACCACCCUGUAUUUGUACACAAUAACAUCUCAAGAUCUCUAUC